GGUAAAUGUAGACAUCAAAACCCUGGCGUUUGGUAACUGCAACAAAGCAUUGAGGUUUGGCUAGACGCCAGCGCAAUGUCCAUUCCGCUCAACGAGUACCUUUCAACUCUCUAUGGCAGUCAAGAACUCUCGGAUUGCAAGAUAGUCUUCUAUUGUACAGAAGUAGCUGAAACGGGAACCACGGGCGAGGGUGCGACAGCAGAAACAAGCAAACAAACGACGAGUAAGCGUCAAAAGGCGGCGAGCGGCAAUCGCACUACGGCUAAUCAACAUCAACCAGAGAAGGAAAGCGGACGCACAAGGAAAUGCACCGUUGGGGAGCCGCUACAUGCUCACAAACUCGUCAUCUGUGGCGGUUGUCAGUUCUUCAGGACGCUCGCCCAGGCCGACCGAUGGCCCCAAGCCUGCGACCAAAACGACGGCAAAGCCGUCUUCCGCGUUUCCUUGAACUCCCCGGAGGAGCUCCCUUCCGCGCUGUCCGCCCUGCGCUUCAUUUAUAGCGGCGCUUUAGAUGCCGGCAGCAUUUCGGACCUGCUGUGCAUCCGACGGACAGCAAGCUGGCUGGAAGUCAAGGGCUGCGUGGAGGCCUGUGAUGCGCAGCUGCUGCAACGCGUUACGAGCUUGGCGGAUGUGGUGGAGGUGUACAGCUGUCGCGCGUUGCUGCCGGAUCUAGAGGAGCCUGAGGGGCCUCAGUUCCUUGUCAGCCUCCUGGAUGCCUGUCGGCAGCAGCUGGCGCUGCGAACUAGGAACGGCGAGAAACCGCCGCCCGGUGGCCCCAAGCUUGGCCAGCUGCUCGCCUGGUCCUUCCGCGACGCCCUUUCCGUGCUGAGCGACCUCGAGAUGCGGCAGCAGAUGGAGGCGCUGCCCGCCGCCGCCCUGGAGGCGCUCCUGGGCAGCCAGCACUUCGCCACGGACGACGAGGCAAGCGUGCUGCUCAUGCUGGCACGCUGGUUGGAGGUCAACACGGGGACGUCAGAGGAGGCACGCAGGCGGCUGUGCAAGUGGGUGCGGCUGAGCCAGCUGAGCAGCACCUACCUCUUGCAGGUGCUGCCGCUACUGCGCUGGUUCCCGCUCGGAAGCAAGGAGCACCGCUGCUUCUGCGACUACACAACAGCUGGCGACACAAAACGGGAGUUCCUCUCCUUCAUCAUGGCAGCCUCCUCUAAGUUCAAAAGCAGCUGGCCAUGGUAUGCUGCCCCCGCUCGGCCGCCGUUGCCGGCUUCAGCCUCCAGAAGGAGGUACGAGUGGUCCAUUGAACAGGAGAAGUUGGCAAAGAUUGCGAAGCAGCCGCUGGGAGCAAAGGCCAGCUUGCGUGGGAGCUUCUGCGAUGGCGCGUCCCGUGUGCCGGCGCUCGGCUUUGAGUGGGGUGUGUACGUUGACUACAAGGCCGGAUCAGACGUCGCGGGCGUGUUCCUGCAAUGCUACUUGCCACGAUGCCUGCAAACGGAGGGGAACGAGAGGUGCCUGCCCGCCGUAGUGAGCCCGGGGGCUGCUCGCUUGACCGUGUUCAAGUGGGGCGAGGAUGGCGGGCGAAAGGUGGCGUGGAGCAAGGCUUACGGGGCGGGCGAUCUGGUCCAGCUAGGAGGCGGGUGGGGGUCGGGAGCUGCGCUACGACUUGCGGCUGGGGGCGACAAGGAGGAGGAAGAGGAAGAGGAGACGGAGGAGGUCAGCGAUGAGGGCGGGGAGGGUGAGGAGAGUAGCGAGGAGGGAGAUGAGGUCGAGGAGAGUGAGGAGGGUAGCGAGGAGGGCAGCGAGGAGUCUAGUGAGGAGAGCAGCGAGGAGUCUAGUGAGGAGAGCAGCGAGGAGGAGAGGAAGAAGGCACGUGAGUCCCUGCUGGCUCUCUGGUCAGCCUACCUAAAGGAUGGCAAGCUGCAGGGGGUGCUGGAGUGGGGGUGAGCAUAGGUACCGGUAGGUGGGUGGCAGCCGCGUAACCAUCAUGCGUUUUUGAACCGCGGGCCAACCAUAGUCAGGAGGGGCUUGCGAUUAAGGACGGAAUAAGCUGUAGUGUAGAGUACUGCUUUACCGUAUGCAACAUACAGAAACAAAGUAAAGCGGGCCUGGCAACGGGGCCUUGGGAAGAUGACGUAUAUUUUGUGUUAGUUGAGCACGUGAGCGUGCUCUGGUGAUCGCUUCCUGCUCCGUUUUGCUGUAUGCGUGCUCACAAGGGCGUUGUGAUGUGCACUGCCUUCGCCUGCGCUGUGUUUGGCGGUGUUAGGAUGGAAGCGAUGCCGCCUGGAUUAAAAACGUAUCCCAGCCGCCUUCGAGCGACACACCGCAUUGGUGCAUGGUUGGGAUUUUGACAGCACGUUCCCUUGGAUGCAUGGAAGGAUAGCUGCGCGGUCGCCUUCCGCCUGAAUGUCUCAACACCCUGUCUAGCCUGGCCACUGGACCUGACAAGCCAUGUGGGCCCGCAGCUGUUGCCACUGCGAAAACCAUUGCCAAUGACCACGUCGUAAAGUGUGCCAAUAAGCUAUUCAUGUACCUUGCUUAACCUGUUGUAUCGUAUAUGUAUGCUGUUGUGUUUUCCCGCGGACGUGCUUUCUUGCUGACCCACGGGUCGAGGUCGGCCUGGUGGGCGCAUGCCCUGCUGGAAACUACGCUAGCAUUCCGGCAUCAUGCACGCUUCCCAGGCCGACUUGGACAGGUGUGCUUAGGUUCAAGUCAAUUUGCUAUGUCAAGAGUUGUGUACUGGUAAUUGUUGCUGAAGGAUUGUUGCAAAGGUUUGUCGACGUUGUCGUACACAUGUGUCGCACUGCGGCAGCAAGAGUCGCCCGAGAUGAGUGCAGGAACAGCCGCCACGUGCACACACGGGGCGCCGAGUGCUAGCAACCCGUGUGACUGUGGUUAGUUUGGAUCCAGCCGCCCUAAGCCGCGAUGUCACACCUCAUGCCCGGCUGGUCCGGACGCUCACGGCCAGUACCGAAAUGGCAUUCGUCCAUUGUAAUGCGGCGAGAGGUCCUACCGGUAUUAAGGUUCCGCGCCUUUCUUGCGGCAGCACGGA